UGUUCUUUUAAAGAGAUAAUAUACAGAGCCUUCUUCUCGCCAUAAGAGUUGGUGUACCCACCACACCCAUGGCUGACCAUGGGAAGACCAGCACCAGUACCAAUACCACUGCGCCUCGGACGCUGUCGGAUCUCAUGGAGAACAACAACAGCAACAACUACCCAUUCUUGUGGGAUGGCUCUAGCCUGCCAGCAGAGCUUUUAGCAGGGAGAGAUUUCGCAAAGCAGCUCAAGCUCCAGCUCCUCGACCCCCCGCUUCCUUCUUGUUCAUCGUCGGAUUCGGCGAUAACAACGACGACGUCAUCGUCCGACCGUCGUUGUCAUCCUGAGCUGCAGCAGGACAACAACAAGAGUCAACAGCAGCAGUCAACCGGCAGGCAAGGGGUUGUCCAGGAGAUUUUGGAGUCUUUCGACAACGCGCUUUCCUUGCUCGGUCAUCAUGACAUUGACGACAACAGCCACUUGAACAAGUGGGGUAGUCCUCCUCCUCCAAGUGGGAAGGCCGCCGCCGGCGGUGGCGUUCCUCCUACCUUCAAGGUCCCUCCUGCUCCUGUGAAAAGGUCGGUAAUUCACAACAACCAGUAUCAAAAGUGUUGAAACAAAAAAUGUACUUCGUGUCGUUUCUAACACUUGAGGAUGAUGAUGAUGAUGAAGAGUAAGUAGGAAGAGCAGUUCGAAGUGGACGCAUCAAGUGAGAGUGAGCGCAAUCGGCCUGUACGAUGGUUUCAACUGGAGGAAAUACGGCCAGAAGGACAUCCUCGGAUGCAGAUACCCACGGUAGGACUCGUAGGACAUUCUCAUUUUUUGCAGUGCCAGAUUUGUGUAUGAUCCUCAAAUCUUUAACUGAAAGUUUGCUGUUUGGCCAAGAUGUUACUACCGCUGCGGGGACAAGUUCUCGACCGGCUGCAAGGCCACGAGACAAGUGCAGAGGUGGGACGAAGACCCGGAAAUCUUCGAGGUUACGUGCAAUGGGAGCCACACCUGCCGCGGUGGAGAUGGCGGGAUGCGAGAAGCGUCGGCGAUCACCACCAUGUCGCCUUCCCCUGCGUCGACUGUGAUAACCUGCGGAGAGGGGAGUGCAUCGGAGAUCACCGCCAUGUCGCCUUCCCCUGCAUCGAGUGUGGUAACCUACGGAGAGGGGAGUACUCUGUUCUUCAACUCAGGCUCGGAGUUUGGAGGAGUUCAAGAAGCGUCUAUGAUCACCACCAUGUCGCCUUCCCCUGCAUCGAGUGUGAUAACCUGCAGAGAGGGGAGUCCUCUGUUCUUCAACUCGGACUCUGAGUUUGCAGAAGCAUCAGCACCUCAUCAUCUAGCUCUCCAUCCGCAAUCAAGGACAAAGUCCAAGAUUUCCAAUUUCUGUCAGAAUCCACACCAAUCCAGCCCUGCCGGAGUCAGUCAAGUGUCCUCUGCAUCAGAUGCAAAGACAUGGGAACAAAAGGAUGAUGCUAUGUCUAAGCUGGGUGGAAACAUUUCCAGAAGUGAAGAGCUGCAGCUACUCCCAGAGCUAGAGUUCUCAGAGUUCAUGCUUCCAGAACUUGAUGCUUAUGGUAUAUAUGGGAACAGAAAUGAUGGGAUGGGUGACAAAGCAACUAACCUUGAUCUUAAUCUUGGACUUGGACCAAGGAUGAGUUCUGGCAUGCCAAAAAAUUUGAAAGGCUCAUUGGGCGGUGGAUCUCUUCUCCGUCAAGUUAUGUCUUACCCUAUACUGCAAAUAGAGAAGAAAAAAGUUGGUGCUAGAAUGUUGGAUUUGACUGAAAUCCAGACGAUGGUUAAAGACAGCUUUCCCUCAUUUGAGUUCAAGUCCUCUCACUGCAAGGACAUGAUUUACACAAAAGAGCAGCUCUACAUUUCAAAGUCUCCCUCACUUAAAUUCUGUUCUGCGCACAACUUUGUGUCCCUUUUCUUCUCAUAUAGCAAACGUCCUCAGCUAUGGAAGGGAGGGGAGCAGGUAGUUUCAAAAAAAUUCCUUCUUGAUUAUCUGCUGCAAUUGCAAUCACACAAAAACUCGAUUUUUUUCUAAUGUUGUUUACCUUUUGACAGCAUCUUGUGAGCUUGAAGUGUCUUGAUGCAAAGCAUUCCGAUUUGCUCUGGAUUCCGGAUCUAUCAAAGGCUCAGAAACUAGAAAGUUUGAACCUUGAAGGCUGUGCAAACUUGGUUGGGAUCUCAUCCAUUCAGUAUCUUACAAAGCUUCAGCAUCUCAACCUCAAGGGAUGCCAAAGUUUGAAAGGAGUUCCAAGUUUAAUCAGAUUGAAGUUGCUCAAGACAUUUGAUCUCUCUGAUUGCUCAAAUCUAACCAGGCUUCCUCCUUCGCUUGGAUGUCUACCAAAUCUCAGUGAAUUGAACCUCAAAAACUGUGCAAAACUUGCCAACCUCCCACGUAGUGUUAUCCACUUGAUGAAAUCUCUUGAAACUCUUAAUAUUUCUGGCUGCUCCAGUAUGUGGAAGUACAUUGGUGACGAUCAGGAUGGAGCAGUGCCCUCAUUAGCAAAGCCACAUUUGGGGUUUUCUGCCAUGCCUUCCACAGAAGCAAGACACCGGGAGAAUCUACCCAACAGCAACAGUGACAUUCCAGGUAGAAAGUAAAGAAAAUUUGAUGGUUGACAAAUACUGUAAAACUUUAUUGAUGUUUCUCUUUGGCUAACCAUUUUAGCUAAUAAAGAAUCUUCUCGUGAACAACAACUGCUCACAGCUGAGCAAGUGGAUGUUGUUGCUGAAGGUUCACUAUCACAAGAUCUAUCAUUAGAUCUGAAAGACAUACGAGGAAAGAAGGCUAUAGAACGGGAGGAAGAAGCAUUUCUAAGAACUCCUUUGAUCAGUUCUCUACUUUCAGAACUCAGGAGGGCACUAUUGUUCCCUCCUAAUGUUGGUUCUUCCCAUGCUUCCACAUCUUCUUCCCACGAUAUCAACAUCCAGACCAUAAACCACACACAGAACAACAAAUCAGAAGCGGAGCAAAGUGAGAUUGCAACUCUUUUGCAGAUGGAAGAUCAACAACAACAACUAUGCAAUGAUGAUGAUCAUGAUCAUGACGAUGCAAAGACUGAUGAAACGACGACACUUUCUGCAACAACCGAACCAAUUCUUUGCCAGGUGGAAGACUGCCAAAUCGAUCUUAGCGGGGCAGAGACUUAUCACCAACAACACAAGAUCUGUGAGAUUCAUUGCAUGGCUACUGCCGCAUUACUAGGCAAUAUCCUGCAGCGGUUUUGCCAGCAAUGUUGCAGGUUUCAUGUCCUCUGUGAUUUUGAUGAAGAGGAGAGAAACUGCAGAAGUCGAUUAGCAGGUUAUCAUCAAAAGCAAAGGAGGCAGCGUAAUGCUACUAUUGGUACCAAGGAAGAACAUUCAUCUCCUGAAACAGCAGCAGAUUUGGAUGCCGAGAUCAACAUUGCUGAAUCAGAAGAUGAAAAUGAAAAAUGCUUGCUUCACAAGAGAAUCAGAACAGUGGAUCCUCCAGAGCAGAAUCAGCCUACCCAAGCAGCAGUAGAGCAGCAGUCUUUCAACGAUUGGGAUGAAGCCAAUGCGAUUGGGGACAUUGAGGAUCGUGUUCUGGAAAUGAUUGAGCAGAUUUCGCGCUCGAAUUGCGCCGACGACGACGAAAAGGCGGCAGCAGCAGUGCCGGAGAGUGUGCUGGAUUUGCUAGCAGAGAUGGAACAAACCGUUCCUGAGACAGUGAGGAGCAUGAAGAGUGCCAAAGCAAAGGCAACAGCUAAUUCAGCGGAAUGGAAGGUGGCUGAUGCAAGGUUGGUCAUAGGAGAACUGGAGCUGAGAUUGCUGGACAUGGAAUUGACGAGGAUCUCCGAGGAGGAAGAGGAGAUUGAAGCUGAGCUUCAGCGAUUGAUGGAUCAGAAGAGAAAGCUGUCGCAGCAGCAGCAGCAGCAUUAGGCAAGUCGAAAUUUUCAGCACAUGGAAUGAAUCUUUUUUCUUCUUUAGGGUAAUCUAGUUUCUCGGCCAAUUUUCUCGACAGCCAAACAAGACAAUCCGAAUCAAGGGGAAAAUCGAGAGCGCCAAGAGAAAAAAGAGAGGCGAAUAAUAAAUGAUAUUACCUCAUCUUUCGAUUCGUUCUCCCGCAGGCUCAGCGCCGACGGCCGGAACUUCCAGAGAAGCAAUGAAUUGAAUCGGGAAGCAUGGCUUUCAAUGGAAGGAAAUUCAGAAUUUGGACGGAGCUGAAAGAAGAAACUACAGAGAUGGAGGAGAAGAAGAAAGCUGUUAAAUGCCGGUGGGGGGUUUGCCGGGCUCGUGGCGGCAGAUUGACGGAGACGUUGCGGGCCACGUUUAAUUGUUGGGCUCUUGUGGUUUGGAUCUCGUUGGUUGGGCCAGAGAUGAUGAGGUCUUGCCCGUAUCCCCUUAUUCUUUUUGUC